AUGCCUCCCAUGCCCAAGCAAGUGUACGACUAUCUCGUUAUUGGUGGCGGUUCUGGUGGUCUUGCUUCAGCUCGACGUGCUAGUGGCAUUCACAAGGCCAAGGUUGCUCUCAUUGAAGCCCAACAUCGUCUCGGUGGUACCUGUGUCAAUGUCGGUUGUGUGCCAAAGAAGGUCAUGUGGAAUACAGCUUCUAUUGCCGAGGCCAUUCGUGAUGCCCCUAGCUAUGGUUUCAAGGUGGAAGGCAAGCCCGUGUUUGACUGGGGACAAUUGAAGGCCAAGCGUGAUGCCUAUGUCAAGCGUUUGAAUGGUAUUUACGAGCGUAAUUUGGGCAACGACAAGGUGGAGCAUCAUCAAGGAUGGGCACGUUUUGUGAGUCCCAACACUGUACGUGUCGAAUCGGAAUCCGGUGAACCCUAUGAACUCGAAGCCAAGCAUAUCCUUAUUGCCACUGGCAGUCAUCCCAUCAUCCCCAAUAUCCCUGGUGCCGAACUUGGUAUUGAUUCAGACGGCUUUUUUGAUUUGGAAUCACAACCCAAGCGUGUCGCUGUCAUCGGUACAGGCUACAUUGGCAUUGAAUUGGCUGGCAUUUUCAAUGCACUUGGUACUCAGACCACCGUGUUUUCACGCACCAAGCACAUCUUGCGUCACUUUGAUUCCAUCAUUCGUGAAAACUUGCUCAAGGAAAUGGAAGGAUCGGGUGUUCAGUUUGCUUAUGACUCCAAGGUCACUGCAUUGAAAAAGGGGGCUGAUGGAUCAUCCAUCAUUGUGGAAUACGAAGAGGAUGGCAAGGCUACCACCAAGGAAUUCGAUUGUGUCCUCUGGGCUGUCGGUCGUGCACCCAAUGUCAAGAACAUCAACUUGGAAGCUGCCAAUGUCAAGACCAAUGAGAAGGGCUAUGUUGUGGUGGAUGAAUACCAAAAUACUUCUACCUCGGGUGUGCUUGCUCUUGGUGAUGCAUGUGGCAAUUACGAAUUGACGCCUGUUGCUAUUGCCGCUGGUCGUCGUCUUUCGGAUCGUCUCUUUGGUGGUGAUCAAUUCCGCAACAGCAAACUCGACUAUGAGAAUGUCCCUACUGUUGUCUUUUCCCAUCCUACUGCUGGUACCAUUGGUUUGACCGAAGAUCAAGCUCGUGCAAAGUAUGGUGAUGAGAACAUCAAGGUGUAUUCAUCAAAGUUUGUCAACAUGUACUUUGCCAUGUUGGACCACAAGGAACCUACCGCAUACAAGCUCGUCGUGGCUGGUCCUGAAGAAAAGGUUGUGGGUGUCCACUUGUUUGGUCGCGAUAGUGAUGAGAUUCUUCAAGGCUUCGGUGUAGCUGUUCGUAUGGGUGCUACCAAGGCUGACUUUGAUAACUGUGUGGCCAUCCAUCCCACUGCUGCUGAGGAAUUGGUGACCAUGCGCUAA